AUUUGAUCUGUUCUUCGAGACAGUAUGGGAUAAUUGGAGAGACAGCACCUGAAGGAGAAGAUCGAUGACGGCAUCGAGGCUGCAGGCAUUCUGGAAUCACCCCGCGGGACCUAAAACCAUUUUCUUCUGGGCACCAGCAUUUAAAUGGGGACUCACCAUUGCUAACGUUGUAGACUUCGAGAAACCUCCGGAUGAACUUUCAUACCCUCAGCAAACGGCGGUGGCAGCCAGCUCGAUUAUCUGGACAAGAUACAGCACUGUGAUCACUCCGAAGAACUGGAACCUCUUCGGUGUGAGCCUCGCCACUGCAGGGACUUGCCUCUAUCAAAUUUCUCGAAAACUCAAGCAUGAUUAUUCAUCUGAAGCGAGGCCCCUUGCCGUUAAUGAAUGAUGAUGCAAACCCGAAGAAAAAUAUUCUCAUAAUUCCAUUGUAAAAUAACCAUAUUAUUUUAUUGUAACGCCUUAUGUCGUGCGUUGUGUGUGUCACACCAAGCGUUUAUUUACUAUUAUAAUUUGUAUUAUUCACCAAGGAUUUUCUCAUAUUGAAAAUACGUUUUCCCAAAAACGACGCCGUUUUAGGGCAAUAAGGCAGGUGGAGGGGAUGGAAAAGAAGGGAGACAAUUCGGAGAGAGGUCGAAGGAAAUCAUCCAUGGCGGCUUCCAAGCUACAAGCUCUUUGGAAUCACCCUGCCGGACCCAAAACCAUUCAUUUCUGGGCGCCCACCUUUAAGUGGGGAAUCAGCAUUGCUAACAUUGCAGAUUUCUCGAAACCUCCAGAGAAACUUUCUUACCCUCAACAGAUAGCGGUCGCAUGCACUGGAGUUGUCUGGUCACGAUACAGCACUGUGAUCACUCCU